UUGGCCUAGGAGCUGGGAGACUCAGGGGCCCUUCCCACACUCAGAAUUAGAGCAGGGCCUUCUAGACAGUCCCAGCACCAUGAGCCCUGAAAGGUCCCAAGAGGAGAGCCCAGAAGGAGACACAGAGAGAACAGAGCGGAAGCCCAUGGUCAAAGAUGCCUUCAAAGACAUUUCCAUAUACUUCACCAAGGAAGAAUGGGCAGAAAUGGGAGACUGGGAGAAAACUCGCUAUAGGAAUGUGAAAAGGAACUAUAAUGCACUGAUUACUAUAGGUCUCAGAGCCACUCAACCAGUUUUCAUGUGUCACCGAAGGCAGGCCAUCAAACUCCAGGUGGAUGACACAGAAGAUUCCGAUGAAGAAUGGACACCUAGGCAGCAAGUCAAACCUCCUUGGAUGGCCUUCAGAGGAGAACAGAGUAAACACCAGAAGGGAAUGCCCAAGGCGUCAUUCAAUAAUGAAUCUAGUUUGAAAGAAUUGUCAGGAACGCCAAAUUUACUGAAUACGAGUGGCUCAGAGCAGGCUCAGAAACCAGUGUCCCCUCCUGGAGAAGCAAGUACCUCUGGACAGCACUCAAGACGAAAACUGGAACUCAGGAGGAAGGAGACUGAAGGAAAGAUGUAUAGCCUGCGAGAAAGAAAGGGUCAUGCAUACAAAGAGAUCAGCAAGCCACAGGAUGAUGACUACCUCUAUUGUGAGAUGUGUCAGAACUUCUUCAUUGACAGCUGUGCUGCUCAUGGGCCCCCUACAUUUGUAAAGGACAGUGCAGUGGACAAGCGGCAUCCCAACCGUUCAGCCCUCAGUCUGCCCCCGGGGCUGAGAAUUGGGCCAUCAGGCAUCCCUCAGGCUGGGCUUGGAGUAUGGAACGAGGCAUCUGAUCUGCCACUGGGUCUGCAUUUUGGCCCCUAUGAGGGCCGAAUUACAGAAGACAAAGAGGCAGCCAACAGUGGAUAUUCCUGGCUAAUCACCAAGGGGAGAAACUGCUAUGAGUAUGUGGAUGGAAAAGAUAAAUCCUGGGCCAACUGGAUGAGGUAUGUGAACUGUGCCCGGGAUGAUGAAGAGCAGAACCUGGUGGCCCUCCAGUACCACAGGCAGAUCUUCUACAGAACCUGCCGAGUCAUUAGGCCGGGCUGUGAACUGCUGGUCUGGUAUGGGGACGAGUACGGCAGGAACUGGGCAUCAAGUGGGGCAGCAAGUGGAAGAAAGAGCUCACGGCAGGGAGAGAACCAAAGCCAGAGAUCCAUCCAUGUCCCUCAUGCUGUCUGGCCUUUUCAAGUCAGAAAUUUCUCAGUCAACAUGUGGAACGCAAUCACUCCUCUCAGAACUUCCCAGGACCAUCUGCAAGAAAACUUCUCCAACCAGAGAAUCCCUGCCCAGGGGAUCAGAAUCAGGAGCGGCAAUAUUCUGAUCCACGCUGCUGUAAUGACAAAACCAAAGGUCAAGAGAUCAAAGAAAGGUCCAAACUCUUGAAUAAAAGGACAUGGCAGAGGGAGAUUUCAAGGGCCUUUUCUAGCCCACCCAAAGGACAAAUGGGGAGCUCUAGAGUGGGAGAAAGAAUGAUGGAAGAAGAGUCCAGAACAGGCCAGAAAGUGAAUCCAGGGAACACAGGCAAAUUAUUUG